GGGCAGCGGGACACGGCGGGCACCGGCACCCGCCGGGCUGACACCGGCACCGCUCACCGGCACCGCACACCGACACCUCUAGGGCGGGGGCGUCAGAGAUCGGCACCGACCUGACCUGACCCGAGUCGGGCCGGGCCACCGACACAGAUCGGGGCCGGGGCACCGGAGAUCGGCAGCCGACACCGGCGCUCAGCAGGCCGGCGGACCCGGGACCCGCACCCCCCGAGCGAUCCCCGCAGGGCCGCGCUUUCGCUCUCGCCGGUCCCGCCCCGGUCGUUCGCAGCGCUCUCCCCGCCGGGCGCAGGCGGCAGCGGCCGGGCCCGGUGCCCGGGGCUGUGAGGGGAGCGGGCACCGCACGGAGCCAUGGCCAUCGCCGCCGUGCCCGCCGCCGAGUCCCGGCUCUGCGGCAACUGCAAAAAGGAUAUUCCUGCAGUCAAUUUCAUCAUCCAUGAAAUCCACUGUAGAAGAAAUAUUGAAAUAUGUCCCUACUGCAGCGACUCCAUCCCAAAGUCUGAGAUGAAGAACCACAUUGAGUCUGAGCACGUGCAGGUCACCUGCAAGUGUAGGAUGAAGAUGGAAAGCAGCCUCCUGAAGGAACACGAGGCCUCCUCGUGCCCCCUGCGCCCCGUGCUCUGCCAGUUCUGUGACAUCCAGCUGGCCUUCAACAAGCUGCAGGAGCACGAGCUGUACUGCGGGGCCAGGACCGAGCCCUGCGGGCGCUGCGGCCGCCACGUCCUGCUCAGGGAGCUGCAGGAGCACCCGCGGCUCUGCGGGACGCAGCACAGAGCGGCCCAGGACAGCGGGAGUGAGGGCGGAGCCGGGAGGAGCCGGCGGGGAGCAGGGGAUGAGCUAGAGAGACCUGAAAUCCUUCAUUCCCAACUUGCUGAAGACUGGAGUGAUGACUUGGACUAUGUGUUGGCUCUCAGCCUGGAUAGUGAGAAUGAUCCUCACCAUAAUACUGCAGCUGACAUUCCCAGGGAUUUCUGGGAAUACGACUACACCAAAGAGCCUGGACAAUCUGCCCACCUUGGUGGAACAGACCUGUCCAACAUCUCCUGUGACUCUCCAGAGUCCUUGAGCACAUCAAACCACAGCAAAAUAGACAAGGAGAUGAUCAUGUUGCCCUGUGAGUUCUGUGAGGAGCUGUGUCCUGCUGAAGAUCUGAUCCUUCACCAGACAGGGUGCAACCCAGCAAGUGCCUUUGCCUCGUUCAGUAAGAGAAGUUCUUCUCCAAAUCCAUGGGAAUACAGCGGUCUGCAGGCUGAGGGGUCCAACAGCCACAGGAGUGUCCCUUCGUCCCAGCGCCACGCUGUCCAGGCAGAAGGAGACAUCAUGAUUCCAUGUGAAUUCUGUGGCAUCCAGCUGGAAGAGGAGAUUCUCUUUCAUCACCAGCACCACUGUGACCUGCGCCCUGCCAGCCCCACAGGUGACACUGCAGCUCGGGAGCUGCCAGCUCAGCCCCACGGCGACAGAGGGGAAUCGCCAGAGCCGGCUCGGCGACGGAUCCGGCACCAAGGAGAUGUUUCUCCUUGGCACGCAGAAGGCUCUGGGAAGCUGGGGCUGUGCCCUGCUGCAGGGACCAGGCUGAGGACAGAGGUGGCCAAGGCUGGGAAUGCAGCGUUGUCCCCUCCAGGGAGAGCCGGUGACGCUCCGGCCGCUCGGGGCAAGCCAGGGAAGGGGAGUGGCAGCGAGGGGACACGGAAGGACAGAGGUGACGCUGCAGCUGGGACGGCACCCCGGGCAAGGCCUGCUCAGCACCUGCAGGCAGAAGCCUUCACUUCCAGCUCCUCCAGAGCUUCUCCAGCCCAGCCAAGCUGCGGCGCCGCAGGAGGAAGGAGCCUGGCGCUGUCGGACGGGCGCAGCGGCCUCCGGCGCCGGAGCUCCAAGGCCAAAGGCCAGAGCCCAGCAGCCGGACACCCGGAGGAGUGAGCCAGUGCCUGUGGAGAACAUGGACACCCGGCCCUGCCCCCGGCUCCGCCGGACUCAUGCAAGCAAAUUCUGACACAGCUUCAAUUUUUAGGCAGUUACCGUUUUCUAAAUCUCUAUUUUUAAUCUGUGAGAGCAAACUUCAGGUUUUUAUGUCUCUGAUCGCCUCAAGCACCACCCCCAAGGCAUCAAAUUGAGUCUGACCUUGGGCCCCACCUGAGUUCUGUGUCCGUGUGGGCUCCUUGUGCCACCCUGGGAUGGGAUUUGUGCCACCCUGGGUGUGUCCUGCCCUGGAAUGCUCGGGGACAGCUGGUGACACCAGCAGGGAGCAGUCAGUGCUCCAGACCUGUCCCACGCAGAGCAGGUGUGAGGGUUGGGGCUCCAAGGCUUCUCAGUGCUGCAUUUUCAAGCUUUUAAAGUUUCUUGGAAUAAAAUUUCUCUGAUGCUGUCCCAAACCGUUGUGCAGUGCCAUCUGUCCCGUGGGGUGACACGGGACCACAGCCCCUGGCUGAGGAUCCAUUCCUGCUGUUCUUCCCUGCCCUGGGUUGUGUUACCUUGGAAUCCCUGGGAUUUGGGAAGUGGAGCAGCCCCUGGAUAACACCCCUGAGCCUCAGCUAAUUGAGGAGGAGAGCAGAUGGCACUGGCAGGGCUAAUUAGCCACCCCUGGGGCAGGCUCCUUACCCAGGCCUUGGCUCCAUCCCCCUGGAACAGCCCGAGCCCAACGAAGGCUGCAGGGAGCUUCCUCCUAAAAUAAAGACAUUUUACAGAUGCUCCCACCACGUGUUCAUUUAGACAAGAAAAGAAUAAAAGUAUUUAAAAACGGGGGGACACCAAACCUCUGCUCUUCCCAUUCCUGGGGAGAAGGGAGAAAAUCAGGGAAUGGUCCCUGAGGUUUGGGAUGGAUAAUGAGAUGCUGUGGGUCAGGAAUCAUUAAACACAACAAAUAAUUAAUGACUGAGGUGGUAGAGCCCGUGCUGUGCCUGAUGCACAAGGAAUACCCCAGAGGAACAACCUCAGCAGUGGCCGUGCUUCCCUUUGGUACCAAAUCCUGAUGUUUUCUGUUCCAAGUACACACAGAGAAGUGGGAUUCCAGCAGAGAAGCUGCAGCUCCCUUCCUCCUCCUCCUCUGCAGCAGAUCCCGUUCCCUGCAGCCCCAGAGAAGCACACGAACACCUCCAGGGAUGUUAAGAAUCUCCUUUAUGCAGGUGUACACUCGAUGGCCAAGAGCACUUACAGGUUAAUGCCGUGUAUGGAACCGAGAUGGACACACACCAAGCUAGAACUAAUACCCAGCUCCAGAGUUUUUCCAUUGUUUAGUAUAAUUUUACAUUCUGAAUGAAUAUAUAUUAAAAAAAAUAAUAAUAAUCAUCACAAACCAAUCUUUGCUUCGACAAACAAGCCUAGUACAGACAAUGUCAAGUUCAUUUAAAGCACGAGGAAUUAAGGAUGAUUAGAAAAGCUUUAAUUAAAAGGCCAUUUGAGCCACAGCUGAGGUGCUGCAGCACUUCCUUCCCAGGAGCAUGGAAUUAAAAAAAAAAAAA